AUGGUUACUCCAUCUGUACAGACGCGCGCUACCUCUACGUUGCGGUCCCUGGGGUGGGACUCUCGUCCAGAUGUGCAUAUCGAGCUCGCCGGGGAAACGGAGCACUGCCCGAAUUCCUAUACAACUGGGGAUAUAAUUGAAGGGGGUGUCUUCAUUGGUGUUGGCUGCGAGACAAUCGUUGAUGAGUUGGAUAUUAUAUUCGAAGCUCACGAUGUUAACGAAGGAGUUGCAGGAUUUUCGGAAACACAACAAUCACAAGUAAUAGCACUUCCGAGUCAAGCAAAGGUCUGUCACACCUUUCUUGAGCUUCACCAACCCAUCGGGAAUGCCGAAUAUCCUACGUCGCGUACGCUCGUUCCUGGACGAAUAUACAGGUUUCCCUUCAUCUUCGUUGUCCCGGAGCGACUUCCUUCUGUUACGUGUAAUCACACCAAAUGCAAUAUCCACGUCGGACGUGCUCACACUUUGCUACCCCCGAGCCUAGGAGAUCCCAUGCUUGCCAGUGACGGCCGCUCUUUGCUUGAAGAUAUGUCAUCCGAACUAUGCCGGAUCUCUUAUAGGAUUCGAACCUCCCUAACGAGAAGGCCAUUAGGCAACAAAAAUGCCAGGGAAACAUUGAGGGUGGUGGCGAAAAAAGUGCGAAUCAUUCCGGCCGUAGAAGAAGAGCCACCUUUGGUGGUCAACAGCUUCAGGGAUGAUUAUUGCAUGCAAAACGUGAACGACAUUAAAACAGGUAUUACAAGAACAAAGCGAGGCUCCAUUAUGGCUACAGCAUCCCAGCCAAGUCCCCUUCAACUUUGUCCACCUGGUUCUCAACCCUCGUCAAAUAUCUGUACUACGGCUACUGUUCAUCUGCGAUUUGACCCGAUUGGAGAUGAGCCACCCCCAAAGCUGGUUUCCUUGUGCAGUAAGCUCAAUGUCUCUACGUUUUAUACGAUCACUCCGUGGGCCGACUUUCCAAGUCCCUCUUACGUCGACUCCCUCGGAAGACAUCACUACACAACGACAGUCUCCCUAUCGUCACUAUGCGUUUCAUCAACGAAGUGGACGAAGCAUUCCGCUGUCCGAAUGUCGGGCCAGAGCGCUCCGGUGGACUUGACUCCGACCGAACCAUUUGCUAGUACCUCUGCCACAGAGGAUAGGGGCACAUACUUCACAGCUGCGAUCAUUGUCCCAGUCACCCUCCCCUCAACGAAAGCAUUUGUGCCCACCUUCCACUCCUGCCUGAUAUCGCGGACAUAUGCGCUGGAUCUGAGCAUAUCCUAUCACACACCACAUAUUAGUCUGUUGAGUCCAUACAUAUCUCUCCGGCUGCCAGUUCAGGUUACUUCAUUACCAAGAUCGCAGCCUCUCACACCUCCUCCGCUCUAUAGCGAGCUGCGUACGACCCAAGUAGUGAUGAAGCAAGGCGAAUAUUAGCGCAUAAUAUGCCACCAGUCAUUCAAAUUAUC